AUGGUACCGCCCAGAGAUCUAUGCACUGAGCCGUCGAAUCUCUCUGGUUCCGCGUUGAGUGCAAGUAUGUCGUUACUCAGCGCUGUUCGCAACAUCAAGUCACUACCAUCCAGUGCUGUCAACCUGAUAAAGGAACUUCAGGAAUUAACUGAAGUUUUACUUCGUCUCAGCGAAAUGAUCGGUACUUCUGGUUGUAUUGACUUGUCCAGACUCGAUUCACUUUUAUCACUUUGUGGCCUGGCCUGUGAGAAGUUCGAGCAGGAACUUGAAAAUCGUCUAUCGUAUCCUAAUAAUGGAGUGAUGAGCCCUCGCGACUGGGCUAAAUUAAGAUGUAUGGGCUAUAGUGUAAACGAAUUCAGGGAGUUGCUGUCUGUAUAUAUAGUAACUGUCAAAAUUACCCUCACCGACGCCUGCUUUCGCAGCCAACCCUUCGUUACUACUGAAACCUUAAAAGCCCACGAAGACCUAAUCCAGAGCGCCAAAGUUGACGUUGAGAUGUAUCUGGAAACGCUGAAUGAAAGGCUGGAGAAGAUACUAGAUCCAACCACGCCGGAGCUCCAACAGCUCAAGGAAUGGCAGCUGAGCGUUGAGAAAUGCAUUCUGAUAUGUACCCAAUUGGCCGACCGUAUUGAUGAAAUCAAGUCCAAACGAAAAGAUGACAGUGGCACACAUGGGUUACACGAUGCGACUCACCACCCUGACUCACAGUGGAGCGCGAAUGGUAGCACCAUUAGUAACUACUCCACAGGUGAUGCCGUACAGUUGAUGUUUUCAACUAAUCAAAGAGCCUUUAAUGGAAGCAAUCGGGGCUUAGGGUGGAGAACAAGACAAGCUGGUGGUCAUUUUAGCGAUGCCACUGGUCAACAAAUAUCGAAGGACUUUGCUUCUAUUAGCACUAAGUUGAUCUGUAAUGAAGAAUCAGGUCCAAGCCAUAGCUCGUCCACGGUUAAUAAUAACAGUCCAAGCGACCCUAUAUUUUUGUCAAAUGGUAUGAACCGGGCUCUCCUAUCCAGGGGCAUUUUGGCAAAGGAGAAAUUAUUUAGUGACUUUUCAGGCUAA